AUGUACCGUGCUGAAUUUUCAGUGGUCAAGUUGUUUAAUGCUGUGAACAAGGCCCAGAAUGCUCAGAAAGGAUUAAAUCCUUCAAGGUCAAAAGAUGAAAAAGUUAUAAAGAAGCGGAGGAAAGAAGCCUUCUUUUCAGAGUUAGGCAAGGCAGCUUCCCAAUCUACUGGGACUGUUGCUAAGGUCGGUGCAUCUAGUAGCACAGUGGAUGGCGAAGGACCUGCAUGGGCCCCUUUGCGUGAUAAUUACAUGUUAACAAAUUCGAAGUUGAAAGAUUGGGAUAAAAUGCAGGACACAACUGCAGGAGAUGACUUUAGGAGGCCAGCAGACUCUGGUUCGUCGUCAGAAGAUGAAUAG